UACUGUAACUCCCUUUGAGAGAGAGGGGAGAGAGAGAAGAGAGAGAGAGAGAGAGACGGGGGAAGGGGCGGAGGGGCGGAGGAGAAGUCAUGGAGCACGAAGACAUCGACAUGAUUGGCUCGGAGAGCAACGAUGCCGUCGAGCUAGACGACAUGAAGAAACGGUUGAAAGAGAUGGAAGAUGAAGCUGCUGCCCUACGUGAGAUGCAGGCCAAGGUCGAGAAGGAAAUGAGUUCUGUACAAGAUCCAGCAAGUGCUGCUGCAAGUCAAGCAAAUAGGGAGGAAGUGGAUGCACGGUCAGUGUUUGUAGGCAAUGUUGACUACUCAUGUACCCCAGAAGAAGUACAGCAACAUUUCCAGUCAUGUGGAACUGUAAACAGAAUCACCAUUCGCACUGAUAAGUUUGGGCAACCAAAGGGUUAUGCUUAUGUUGAAUUCCUUGAGCCCGAAGCUGUUCAAGAGGCUCUCCUUCUGAAUGAAUCAGAACUACAUGGUCGACAGCUGAAGGUAACUGCGAAGAGGACAAACAUACCUGGGAUGAAGCAGUAUCGUCCACGCCGAUCCAAUCCAUUUAUGGGUGCUCGAUCCAGGAGCCCAUAUGUCGCUCCUUAUUUCUUCUCACCAUAUGGAUACGGGAAAGUCCCGAGGUUCAGAAUGCCAACGCGUUAUGGCCCCUACUAUUGAAUGUUAAUUUUGUUAGGGGCAAUGUUGAAUUAGUGAUAUUAUCACACUUGAAUGACUGCUUGCCCUUCUCUUUAUUUAUKAUGGAAAUUGAUGUUUGGUAUAAUUUUAAGAGAUCUUUUCUGUUUAUUAAAAGAAACGGAGUGUGAGGAAGCACGAUGCAGGUUCAAUCACUUUAACAAAGUGAAAAAAGGAGGGAAAAAAAAAAUUUGUCAAAGCUCUGCUAUCACUGUGUAAAGGAAAAGGCUCCUCUGGACUUGCUGCAGGUAAGUUUUCAAGAUCUUUGUAAUUGUGCAUUGAGUUUGAAGCUAAAGAUGGAACACAAUACUCGUAUCGAACUAAACGAUUUUAUAUAUUUAUUGCUUGCUUCUUUUAUUCAAUUCUGUGCCAAGAUUUUGUCUGGGUUUGUUUCCCCCAUCUGCUAGUUCUGUCAGUUGUAAAAGUUCUGGUUUGAAGAACAAGAGUCCAUGGAUGCACCAAACUAUUACUUGUUUCYGAUCGGUUAGUGUAAUUAAUAAUUACCUUUACUUCCAUUUAGCCUAUAUCAAAUCAAUUUGUUA